AACCUGCGAACAGGGAAUAAAAAACUAUGGCAAGUCAGAGUCCGACCGAUGAAUUAAAUGCAAAUUUUCAGCACGUUUUCGAAUCCUUAGUGUUUGAAGACAUCAAAGCAUCUAAUGGAAAAACUAGUCUCAGCCUCAGAGCUGACAUUCAAAGGAAAAUCCUGUCCCAGCUCUAUUAUGUAUCAAAUUCAGGAACAAUUGACGAAAACCCUUCAGAUUCUUCAACUUUGUACAAUUUACAAAUACAAAAGUAUUUCAAGAUUGUGGAUGAACAGGAUCUUUCUAGAGGAUUAGACAACUUCUCGAGAGGAGCUCUGUCACUUUCAAGCUCUUCAAAAAACGAAAGUAAGCAGUGGAGCCUGAAAGAUAUCAGGAAUACAAGUAUCUUUCAAGGACUUGAAAAUGAUUUAAGUAAAAGCAGAGGAGGACUGAACAACAUCCAGGAUUUCGAGAAAGCAUUGGAAUUUUCUGUUCAACUUGAAAGAAAUAAAAAUGAAGAGGAAAGAUCAGCUAAGUUACAGGUUACUAAACUAAAGCCAUGUGAACCAGGAUUCAAACUCAAUGUGAAACUGCAGAAACCUGUGCCACCUAAUCCACAAGUGAGGCUUUCUAGUAUAUCUGAAAAACGAGCCGAAGUCAUUGCGACAAAGGUAUACCCAACGUCGUCAAAAGUAAGUCCACAGAUCAAAUGUCCAACGAAUUCUGAAACAAAACCGGAAGAAAUUGUUAAGCCUAAUCCGUUCCGUACAGCAAAAGAACAGUUAAUUGUAGAUCAAAAAAAGAAAAAUGCUGGUGGUAGUAGUAGUUCGACUUCGAAUGAGCCUACCCACGGAUCUCGAACGAAGUCUCUUGGACUUCGCCGUGGGCUUAACAGUCCAUUCAUUCUUCCUAUUAAAGAUGCCAAAACCAAUGAAAGCGAAACCAACAAUGUCGAAACAAAAUCUAGUGGAAAUAAUGAAGAAAAAAUAAUUGACGAAAGACUGAAAAACAUUGAACCACGAAUGAUUGAGCUGAUUGAGAACGAAAUCAUGGAUAACGGAUCACCAGUCAAUUGGGACGACAUAGCCGGACUGGAAUUCGCCAAAAAAACUAUACAAGAAAUUGUUGUUUGGCCUAUGCUACGACCAGAUAUUUUUACUGGACUUCGGGGUCCUCCGAGAGGUAUUUUAUUGUUUGGGCCACCUGGUACAGGGAAAACCUUAAUCGGUAAAUGUAUUGCAAGUCAAUCACGAUCAACAUUUUUUAGUAUCAGUGCAUCUUCAUUGACAUCCAAAUGGAUUGGUGAAGGUGAAAAAAUGGUUCGGGCACUUUUUGCUGUUGCAAGGGUGAAUCAACCGUCGGUAAUCUUUAUUGAUGAAAUCGACUCCUUGUUAUCCCAGCGGUCGGAAUCGGAACAUGAAAGCUCACGCAGAAUUAAAACAGAGUUUCUCGUGCAACUGGAUGGGGCUACAACGAGUCAAGAAGAUCGUCUUUUAGUAGUCGGUGCUACAAAUCGCCCACAAGAGCUGGAUGAAGCUGCCCGAAGGCGAUUAGUUAAACGAUUAUAUAUACCGUUGCCGGAAUUCGCAGCCAGAAAGCAAAUUAUUCAUCUAUUAAUGGCUGAGCAACGUAAUGUCUUGGACGAAGAUGAAACAGACCUAAUUUGCAGGCAAACCGAUGGAUACUCAUGUGCAGAUAUGACCAACUUAUGUAAAGAAGCUGCGUAUGGACCAAUUCGCUCGAUUGCGCUGAGUGAUAUUGAACAUAUAUCGCCUGAUCAAGUUCGACCCAUAACCAAGGAGGACUUCGACGCAGCCUUAUGUCAAGUUCGCGCCAGCGUUUCCAGUCAAGAUUUAGAACUUUACGAGGACUGGAAUAAACGUUACGGUAGUGCAGCCAAAUAGUACAUUUUUCAGCAGUAUCCAAUAAACUAAUGGAAUUCUU